UCCACACGCACCUCCGUCUUCCUUCCCACUCCCCCCGAGCUCGCGAGCUCGCACGCACGCACGGCCCCCGCCCAUGGCGUCCGCCUCCCUGUCCCUCCGCGUGCCCACGCCGUCUCACGCGCCCCCCGCCGCGGCGGCCACCUCCGCGUUCCUCUCCCUGCCCCCGGCUCUGCUGCGGCCCGCGCGGGGCAGCGCGGCGUCCUCCGCGCUGGUGGCGCGGGCGGCGCCGCCGUCCGGGCCUCCGAACCCGCUGUUCAACCCCAGGGCCGACCCGUUCCUGUCCACCCUCGCCGCCGCUUCGCCGGAGGAGAUCGAGGCGGCGGCAGGCGGCGGGCGCCGCGGCGACGACCACCUGCCGUUCCUCGAGAUCUUCCAGAACGCCAAGCUCAUGGCCUCGCCCGCGCAGGUGGAACGAUCUAGCAGUUCUUACAGUCAGCACAGGCCUAGAAGGCCUCCCCCUGAUUUGCCAUCACUGCUUCUUCAUGGCCGAAUUGUUUAUAUUGGCAUGCCGUUGGUGCCAGCAGUUACGGAGCUUGUCGUUGCCCAGUUAAUGUACCUUGAGUGGAUGAAUAGUAAAGAACCUGUUUACAUAUACAUCAACUCGACAGGAACAGCUCGUGAUGACGGUGAACCAGUUGGGAUGGAGAGUGAAGGUUUUGCUAUCUAUGAUGCAAUGAUGCGGAUGAAAACUGAGAUCCAUACACUUUGUAUAGGAGCUGCAGCAGGUCAUGCUUGUCUUGUCCUUGCAGCAGGAAAGAAAGGAAAACGGUAUAUGUUUCCUCAUGCCAAAGCUAUGAUUCAGCAACCUCGUAUCCCUUCUUAUGGAACGAUGCAAGCAUCUGAUGUUGUUAUUCGUGCAAAAGAGGUUGUGCACAACAGGAACACCUUGGUGAGACUUUUAGCGAGGCACACGGGAAAUCCACCAGAGAAAAUAGACAAGGUGAUGAGAGGGCCAUUUUAUAUGGAUUCUUUGAAGGCAAAGGAGUUUGGUGUCAUUGACAAGAUCCUUUGGCGCGGUCAGGAGAAGUACAUGGCUAACAUGCUCUCCCCGGAGGAGUGGGACAAAGUUGCUGGGGUCAGACGCCCUGAUAUAAUGUGAUGUUGUACAUUGAAAUUUUAAAUUAUGUUAGGCAUUUAAGUCCGUCCUGGCAGUGCAAGCUGUUGUCAUCCAACAACAAUGCCCAUCUGUUGUUCACUGUUGGUGGUUAAAAGCUUGGCGAUGUUGUUAAUUUACUGAUAGGAUUACUCAACAUGAUGUCUGAAUCAGGGCUAGCAAGGUUUGCACUUUCUGGAGCAAUUGCUGUACCCUGCAUCAUUUCCACGUGGGAUUUUGAUAGACAUUGCUGGUACAUAGUUCAGUAGUUAAUCAGCCUGAAGGGGGGAUCAGCUGAGGUCCAAGCUGUAUCAGCACGAACAGUAGGUCCGAGAUGAAUGAAACACCGUCUUUAGAAUACCUUUUGGCCGUUAUAUAUCCUUAUUAUGUUAUGCAGUUCUGGGAA